AUGACCUUUGGAGGACUAUUCAAAGCCUGUAGAGGUGUUCUGAUGAAGACUGUCUUUAUGCUGCUUCAGUUAGAGGACAAAAAUAUUUGUUUUCUGCUAUUUGCUGUUCUCUACAUAGUUUCCUACUUCAUAAUCACAAGAUACAAAAGAAAAGCAGAUGAGCAAGAAGAUGAAGAUGCCAUUGUUAACAGAAUUUCGCUGUUCUUGAGCACCUUCACUCUAGCAGUUUCAGCUGGUGCAGUCCUGCUUCUGCCCUUCUCAAUAAUCAGCAAUGAGAUCCUGCUCUCUUUUCCACAAAACUACUAUAUUCAGUGGUUAAAUGGCUCACUAAUUCAUGGUUUAUGGAAUCUUGCUUCUCUUUUUUCCAAUUUAUGUUUGUUUGUGUUGAUGCCCUUUGCCUUCUUCUUUCUGGAGUCGGAAGGAUUUGCUGGCUUAAAAAAGGGGAUCAGAGCUCGCAUUUUGGAAACUCUUGUAAUGCUUAUUCUUCUUGCAUUGCUUAUCCUUGGAAUCGUAUGGGUUGCUUCAGCUCUCAUAGACAAUGAUGCUGCCAGUAUGGAGUCUUUGUAUGAUCUCUGGGAAUUCUACCUCCCAUAUUUAUAUUCCUGUAUAUCACUGAUGGGAUGCUUGUUACUUCUGUUAUGCACACCAGUGGGGCUUUCAAGGAUGUUUACAGUAAUGGGCCAGUUGCUGGUGAAACCAACAAUCCUUGAAGACCUAGAUGAACAGAUGUAUAUCAUCACUUUAGAGGAAGAAGCAAUUCAGAGGAGGCUUAAUGGUAUGUCUUCCGCAGUGGAAUAUCAGACAGCAGAGCUGGAGCGGGAGCUUGAAAAAGUGAAAAGCAAGAAAACAAAUCUAGAGCGGCGAAAAAAAGCUUCUGCUUGGGAAAGGAAUUUAGUCUAUCCAGCUGUUAUGAUAUUGCUACUGAUUGAGACGUCCAUCUCAGUCCUCUUAGUUGCUCUCAACAUUCUUUACCUGUUGGUUGAUGAGACUGCAAUGCCAAAGGGAUCAGGGGGGCCUGGCAUAGGAAGUGCCUCCCUGUCCACUUUUGGUUUUGUGGGAGCAGCACUCGAAAUCAUUUUGAUUUUCUAUCUUAUGGUAUCUUCUGUCGUCGGCUUCUACAGUCUUCGUUUUUUUGAAAAUUUCACUCCCAGGAAGGAUGACACAACUAUGACAAAGAUCAUUGGAAACUGUGUGUCAAUCUUGGUGCUGAGUUCUGCUUUGCCAGUCAUGUCAAGAACGCUGGGAAUUACCAGAUUUGAUCUUCUUGGAGACUUUGGAAGGUUUAACUGGCUGGGAAACUUCUAUAUUGUAUUAUCUUACAACUUGCUCUUUGCUAUCAUGACAACGUUAUGUCUGGUCAGAAAGUUCACCUCUGCUGUGCGAGAAGAGCUCCUGAAGGCAUUAGGAUUAGAUAAACUUCACCUGUCAAACAAUCCAAGAGACUCAGAGGCAAAGCCUUCUGCAAAUGGGCAUCAGAAAUCACUGUGAUGAACAAUCAUCUGCAAUCAACAGAGCUGAAAACACCAACCUCGUGGCAUUCCCAUCAUCUCAUUUCUGUAUUGACUUUACUUGUUGAUAGUGUGGGUCCAACCUUGUCUCAUCUUUUGAUGCUGUGGGCUUCUGAGGAAGUUUGCUAUAUCAGAUUCUCCUCUUUCCAGUUAAUUUUUGGUCUGCUUGUAUAUUUUCCAGUAAGUUAAUGCAGGAGGUGCCUUGAAGACUGGAAGCUGAAGAGAAUAAUGCAUUCCUUUUUAUUUUUUUGACAGUUUCAUAUCUUUAGGUAUUAACUUGCUACCAUUUACGUGUACAGUACCUCCUGUAUAAUACAGAAACAGCUAUAAAGAGUAACUUUGGGACUUGGUUUUAAAAAAAAAAAAAAUACACUUGAAGUCCAAUAUGACCCUUACUGGAAACAUAAACUACCUAGAGGAGGUAUCCUUGACAGUAGAUGAACAGUUCCACUAAGAAUGUGUUACAAAAUGAAGGUGACUGGUAGAGAGAGAUCACAGUUCCUUUCAUGUAGGAUUCAGCCGGCUGUUUAUAGUCUAACAUUAAGCUUUCUUGGAAGAGCAGCGUAUUCAGCUUUCUGUUCUUAGCUCUAAAUGUCAGGUUGCUUUACCGGUAGUCAGACAAUGUCUUAUCAAAUAGAGUGAACCACAAGAUGAAGAUUAACUUCAGUGUUAAAUCUGAGCCUAGUAUGCUUUAUAAAAAGCUAUGUAGACCCCUCGUCACAGCUCUUACAGUUCUGUAAGCUAGCGUGCCAUGGAGGUCAGUACCCUACCAAGUACACCCCGGUAAAAUUCUUAAUGAACUUCUGUGUAUCAGCAGUACUUGGAAUCAAUGCAAGUAGCAUAGGCCUAGGAGGCUGCAAUUGCACAGUUUUUUACAAUCUUUAAUUUGAAGUAAAUUAUUUCUCUGAAUUUAUACUAGAGUUAUCAGGAUUUCUGUUCCGUGGCAUAAUCCAGUGUCUUUCACUAGUCUGUUUUUUUUAAUGUAUAGACAUGAACGUGUAUAUAGGCCUGUAUGUGUAGAUAUCGUAAAUUCAAUUCUAAGCUUAUAGAAAGGAUGUAGGUCGCUUGUAAGUAAAACUUGCGUGUUCAAUCUUGCUAGUAUAAAUGUUUGCAGUGUUGCAAUUUAGCUGCUCAGAGGCCUCAGAUUCAGAAUGGCAUCAGUGGGUGGUAAUGUCCUUUUCCUUAGCAUCACUGCAGCUUUAGGAAUCCUAUAAGCAUAGUCUGUAAAAAAACAAACAAACAAACAAAAAAAAACAAAACACCACCACCACCACCACCACCACCAAACCCAACAUAUUAUUCAAAAUCUGUUUUCACUUUUGUCCUGUUCUGCUGCAAGGAAUCUUCAAACAGGUUUGAAUGGGGACAACUUCAGUAUGUGCCUGUUACGUAGUGGAUCAGUCAACGUUACUGUCUAUCUCCUAUUUCUGUAAAACCAAAAUACAUCUAUCUGAAGUUUGAGGUCUUAUGCUUAAACCAGACUGUGACAACUAGCUCUCCAGUGUGGCUCUGAAAUGAGAUGGACCUUGUGUCAGAUGCUUUUUGGCUGUUUUCCUGAGAUGACUGCACUGGGCUGUAGACCUUAUUGCUGUGUGAGUGUGAUUUGUGUGUGAUUCUUCCCCCCACCCUGAGUGUUUCAAAAAGUAAGCUCCAGUAUACAUGAGGAUUUCUCAGUUUUUUGGGGCUGCCUUUUCUAACUCGAACUGGGACAUAAUGUAAAUACUGCUGUAGUAAACAUGACAGCUAGA